AUGUAUUUGCCUCUAUGGGUAUCUAAUGGAGUUGUUGGUUCACCAGCUUUUGCAGCAUUUGAUCAAGGAUAUGAUGUUUUCCUUGGGAACUUCCGUGGUCUAGUUUCCCGAGAGCACAUUGACAAGAAUAUUUCCUCAAAGCAGUACUGGCAUUACUCCAUCAAUGAACAUGGGACUGAGGAUAUACCUGCAAUGAUUGAGAAAAUUCAUGAAGUGAAGACAUCAGAAUUGAAGUCUACUGUGCCUGUUUUGGAGGAAGAAAGUAAUGGCAAUCAGCCCUACAGAGUUUGUGCAAUUUGCCAUAGCUUGGGAGGGGCUGCUAUUUUAAUGUUUUUCCGUAUGUUGUUCAACAAGUUGGCUCGAGACUUCCAUAACUACCCUGCUGUUGGAGGACUUGUUCAGACCUUAAUGAGUUACGUUGUAGGUGGAGACAGCUCAAACUGGAUAGGAGUGAUAGGAUUACCACAUUAUAAUGUAAAUGACAUGCCCGGUGUAUCCUUUUUUGUGGCUCUCCAUCUGGCACAGAUGAAACGGGCAGGAAAAUUUUUAAUGUUUGAUUACGGGAGUACAGCUGCCAACAUGGAAGUAUAUGGCUCUCCUGAGCCCUUGGACUUGGGAGAAUGUUAUGGGUUUAUUGAUGUUCCUGUAGAUCUUGUUGGUGGGCGGAAAGACAAGGUGAUCCGUCCUUCUAUGGUGAGAAAACAUUAUAAAUUGAUGAAGGAUGCGGGUGUCGAUGUAUCAUACAAGGAAUUUGAGUAUGCUCAUUUGGAUUUCACUUUCUCUCAUCGCGAAGAACUUUUGGCCUAUGUUAUGUCUCGGUUGAGGCUAGUGCAACCCAGUGAAAAGCAGCAACAUGUACAGAAAUCUGCCAGGUUGAAAAAGAAAGAGACACAGGUAGCAGCUGUGGAGAACACAUCAAAAGCCUGA